CCCCCGCAAAUCACGAUACGCCGAGAAGAGCGUGUUUAUGCUCAGCUUUCUGCACUUUUCAAUGUCGCUUGUUCGUUUACUAGAAUAGUUGCACAGCCUCCGUUGUCUCUUCAAGUCUUAAUUAACUGCUUGGCUGAAUUUUUACUUGAAGUACAGAAAAUGAGGGUUGGCAUACUUCUUGACGAUAUGCCUGCUGACAACUACAAGAGCAACACAGUUUACGCUUAUGCUCAACCAACGCAACGUAAAAAGCUGCCUGGCGUUUCAGACUCAUCGAUCGCGGUAGGCAUGGUCAGAGCAGGUCCGUCUCGGAUUGAUACACAGCAGAACCAAAAUGGAAGUUGUUCCGUAGAAAAUGAACUCUUUAACGCAACGUCAGUACGCGGUAGAGGCGUAGGAAGUCAUGCAGAGGUUGUGGCCACUGCUAAACAAAUUAACGGAAUGAGCAUAAGAAAAAAUGCGGAGAAACGACUCACAAGCAGAGAAAAUCCAACGAAUGCAGCUAAUUUAUCUAUACAUUCAACGGAACACCAAGAUUCAAGCAAAAACGCAAAGAAGAAGCGAGGUUCAAAGCGUCGGUGA